AAGAAUACCGGAAGUGAUGUCAUAGUGAAAGUUAUCUUUUGUUUCAGCUGUUGUGUGUCGCCGUCGCCGGGCACAUGUUCUUCUUUAACUCAGUCUAGUUAACUCUAAACGUGUAAACAAAGUCAUGUGAGAGUGGUAAACGACUUGCAAAGAGCGGAAAGAGCGUGAUCAUGGCCAUCGCCCACGUAGCCACCGAGUACGUGUUCAGCGACUUUCUCCUGAAGGAUCCCAACCAGGCUCGAUACCGCAGCGUACGCACCGAGUUAGCGGUGGACAAGAUGGUGACCUGCGUGGCCGUGGGUCUUCCUCUCCUCCUCAUCUCUCUGGCCUUCGCGCAGGAAGUAUCCGUCGGGACUCAGAUUAGCUGCUUCGCUCCCAGCAACUUUUCAUGGAGACAGGCGGCGUACGUCGAUUCGUACUGCUGGGCGUCCGUGCACACGCACACGCUGCCUCUGUGGUUGCACAAGUUCUUCCCGUACAUCCUGCUGCUGGUGGCCAUGGUGACUUACAGUCCGGCAUUGUUCUGGAGGUUCUGGUCGGCGCCGUUGCUCCAGUCGGACCUUGGCUUCAUCAUGGAGGAGCUGGACCGAUGUUACAACCGAGCCGUCACGCUCGCCAAGCGAAUGACCACCGACGCUUUGCAGGGCGCCGACAGUUGCAGCGAUCCGACGGAGGGCUGCUUCAACUACCCAUUGGUGGAGAAGUUCCUGACGACCAAGCGUUUCUCUCACGUGCUGCUGACCCGCUACCUGCUGUGCCGAGGUCUGACGUUGGUCACGUUGCUGUGCGCUUGCCUCUACCUGGGCUACUACCUGCGCUUAGCCUCACUCACCGACGACUUUGGCUGCACGCUAAGAGUGGGCUUGCUGGUCAACGACUCCACCGUCCCGGAAAAAGUGCAGUGCAAGCUCAUCGCCGUGGGAGUCUUCACGCUGCUCAGCAUGGUCAACUUGAUCAUCUUCUCUGGGCUGAUCCCCUUGGUGAUCUAUGCCAGUCUCCGCCCCCUUCUGUGUCACCGCUACGCCCACUUCCUGGAAACCUACCAAUCGUUGCCCACGGUGAGCGUCCUGCCCACCCCCACCGGCCAAUGGGAUGACCUCUCCCUCUAUCUGCUCUUCCUGGAGGAGAACAUCAGCGAGCUCAAGUCUUACAAGUAUAUCAAGGUGCUGGAGUUGCUGAAGAAAGGAGGAGAAUGUUCCGGCGAGGACUUUGACGCCAUGGGUUUGCUGCAGACACUGUGUCUCGUCAAGAUGGACACCGUGGACGCCAAGAAAGCCGCGGCCAAGCCUGACCAGCUCGUCAUCCACGAGGAAGAGCCGGACAAGAACAACAGCGCAAGACGCAACAAGCACGAGGAUGAAGGAACGGUGGGAACCGAAAUGCAAGAGUUAACGCCUUUGGUCCCUGGAAACGGCGAUGUGACGGACGGCAAAACAAACAGCGGAGGCGGGGCUCUGCGGCAGCGGGCCAUGUGAUUGCAAAUAUCCAUCCAGCUCAUUUGCAUGUUGUUUCGAAAUACUUUGUUUGUCCUGCUUUAGCUUCUUUAUUAUGGAAUGUACCACUCUCAAUAGGAUCACAUGACCAUUUCUCCCAUCCAUAAACUAAUGACAUCAACAGAAUGAGACUUGAAUUUUUAUUUACUCUGUUUUUCGAUUGUUAUGGUCAAUUUCUUUGUGUGUAAUGUCAAACUCAUCAUGGUAGCUUGACUCUGGAUAUACUGGAAUAAUGUAAAAAUAAUAAUAAUAAUUACAAUGGCGGUACAAAGGAUUAAUAACACGAGAAUGGAUUAUGGUGCUACAUGUCACUCAGCUGUUUUGGUGCAAACUUUUAUACUGGCCACAUGAAUGUAAAAUGGACCCUGAUGAAGUUACUUGGGAUGUUUUGCAUUAAACUUUUAAAGUGA